AAAUGGACUACCUUAAAAUCUCCAAGGAGACUAAGAUUACUAAUGAAUUUGAUGCUGAUGAAAGCGUCUUUUUCUCAAGCAAGAUUAAUAAAGUCAAUGAUUAUGGGAGGACACAGGGCAGAUCAAUUUGAAUUACCAAUAAGAGAGUCUACAAUUUGGAUAAGAAGAAAGUCAAAAGAGCCAUUGGAAUAUCCUACAUUACUGCAAUGACAAAGAAUAACUCUGAAAAGAACAUUGAGUUUGUUAUACAUGUUUCUUCGGAGUCAGAUUAUAGAUUUAAAUGUGACAAGUUGAAGAUCAGAGACCAGAUUUUUAGCGUUAUUAAAGAAAAUUAUGCUAAAAUAACAAAAGAGAAUCUACCAAUUUAUGGAGUUACCGAAGAAGAUCUGAAAGAAUACCAUACAGUCAAAGCUGAUGCUAAAAAGCAAAUCUGAAGAAUCCCAGAUGAUUCUUGUCGUUUGAAGAGCGAGGACGUGCUGACGGACCCAGCUGCUUCCGGCUUCGGUGGCUACUCCGAACCAACAGAAGAAACCAAGGCCUCUAGCGCUCCCAAGAAAAGCCGUACCACUCUGUACAGCGCAAAGAAGGGAGAAGAAGUUUGUCUGGAAGACUUCAUCUGCAAGAAGAUCAUUGGGCAGGGCAGCUUUGGCAAAGUCUUUUUGGUCGAAAAGAAGGACACCCACAAGUUGUACGCAAUGAAAAGCUUGAGAAAAGAUGUCAUAUUGGAAAAUGACCAAGUCGAAAGCACUAAGUUAGAGAAAGAGAUAUUAUUAAAAGCCAAUCAUCCGUUCUUUGUAAAAAUGGCCUAUAUUUUCCAAACUGAUCAAAAAAUUUAUUUCGUGAUGAACUUUGUUAGAGGAGGAGAACUAUUUACUCAUCUCCAAAACGAGAAGAGAUUUCCAGAGGAGAGAGCAAAGUUUUAUGCUGCACAAAUUAUUUCUGCAAUUGGACAUCUGCAUGAUCAAAAAAUCAUUUAUAGAGACAUUAAGCCAGAGAAUAUAUUAAUGGGAGAGGAUGGUUAUUUAAAUCUUGCUGAUUUUGGACUUGCAAAAGAAAUGACAAACAGAGAUUUUACAACCUCUUUCUGUGGAACUCCAGAAUAUUUGGCUCCAGAGAUCAUCCAAAGUAAAGGACAUAAUCAUGCAGUAGAUUGGUGGUCUAUCGGAAUUCUCCUUUAUGAGAUGAUUGUUGGAUUUCCACCUUUUUACCACUCUAAUCAGCAGACAAUGUAUGAGCUUAUAGAGAAAUUCCCAGUAAAAUUCCCUGAUCCAGUAAAACAUAAGAUCCCAAUGAGUGAAGAAGUAAAGGAUCUAAUUUCAAAGCUUCUUGAAAAGGACCCUGAUAAGAGAAUCGGUACAGAAGGAGGACAUGCAGAAAUUUGUAGUCAUCCAUUCUUCGAAGGCUUUGACUUUGAAAAAUUAGUUAGCAAAGAGCUUGAUGCCCCUCUGAUUCCAAAGCUCUCAGAUAAUCUGGUGGAAAAUUUUGAUGAAGAGUUCACAGAAAAGCCUGUUGAGCAUUCCAAGCUCCCUGACUCCAAGCUCAAGUUGGUAAACAAGAACAAAGAAGAUUUCAAAGACUUUGACAAUUAAUAUGAGCAGCAUAAUAAAGAAAAUCUCUUUCAAAUAUUUUCUAGACUUGGUUGAGGGAAUAGCUUAGAUCAUCAAGAGGGUUUGGAUACACCAUACUUGCAGAAACAAGGUGCAAAUACAU